UUCGUAUACACAAACCUAAUUUAACCCAGUGCUGUUGAUAAUUACCAGCUAAAGUGCUAACGCAGUCUUAACAGUACCCUUAACUUAAACGAACCUGUGAAUUACACAAAAAGUCAUUGAAUUUUUUGUGUUUGUUGGCGAAUUUUUUGCUUACACAAAAUGCAUUUUUUAAAUUCUUUUUCCAAUUUGCUAUUAUCAUUUGUGUAUAUUUAUUUUCUUUUGAGUUAUUGCAAUUCAUUAGCUGCUGACAAUUGUGUGAUUCCUCCUUUAGAUUGUCCAAACGAAAAUGUAACUUUUUGGUUAUACACAAGAGCAAAUAAGGACGAGCCACACCAAUUAAUAUUCUCAGAUCCUACAUCAAUUGAUGAAGCCCCGUGGGUCCCGAAUGCAGAGAUCAAGAUAAUUAUCCACGGGUACACAGGUCACAAAGAUUUCGCUCCAAACCCACAAAUUAGACCAGCGUAUUUAGAAUGCUGUGACUAUAACUUAAUAUCAGUAGAUUAUCACCCCGUGGCAUUAGAACCUUGUUACCUGCAGGCGGCAACUAACACUGAGCUAGUGGGCAAAUGCGCUGCGCAACUUAUUGAUGAGAUGGUCUUUAAUCACAGUAUCCAACUGUCCAAGAUACACGUCAUAGGUUUUAGUUUGGGUGCUCAUGUCGCAGGAUUCAUUGGUAGUUACAUUAAAUCGGGAAAAUUGGAAAGGAUAAGUGCAUUAGACCCAGCGUUACCGUUAUUUGCUACGGCUGACGUGUCAAGAAAGAUUGACCCAAGUGAUGCAAAGUCUGUUGAUGUUCUCCAUACAAACGCGUUGAUGAAGGGGAAAUUGGAAAUAAGCGGGCACUCUGACUUCUUUGCUAACGGUGGCAGUAAGCAGCCUGGUUGUAAAGCUGAUGAAAACCAUACGGUAUCAGGCUGUGAGCAUGAAAGAGCUGCAAUAUACUUUGGUGAAUCUAUUAUCACUAAAGUUGGGUUCUACGGCAAGAAAUGCUAUUCGUGGAUAGCCUACAUAAUCGGAUGGUGCGAGCUGGUCAGUUCAGAUGAAGAUGUUUUAUACGGCGAGCACAUGCCACCAAACGUAUCUGGUGUGUAUUUCUUCAACACGAAUUCCGCGCCUCCUUUCGCGCGAGGUACAAACAAAAACAGAAGCUACAACGACGAUGAUGAUAAUUGGAUUUAAUAUAUAGGUUUUAAUUAUUG